AUGAACUGCUCGCUACAAAUCCCUUUUAUCUUUUGGAACAAGAAAGGACAAGAAUUAACCCAUAAUUUCUCAUCUCUUGCAUGCCACGAUAAUCUAAUUUGCACAGGCAGUGAGACAGGCGAUAUCUGCAUUUGAAGACCAAGCAGCAACCAAUACUCUCCAGAAAUAAUAUGCACAAUAGGUAUUGAAUCUGUAUGCCGAGCACUCGAAUUUAUCAAAGCACCGUGCCCAGAGUUAAUUGGAAGCACUAUUUGGCUAAUCUCUCUACAUCAAGACAAUCGAUUACGAUGCUGGGACCUAAACGAUGGAAGAUGCAUGAGCAUUUCAGAAUCCGCCAUACUUCCAGAGCAUGUGAUGCUAAACAAAAUGCUUAAAAUCCAGGACAGGUUUGUCGCAAUUUCUGGGGAAUCCUCUGAUAUUUAUUUCAUAGAUACAUGGGCAAUGGAGAGAAUUGCAUACUUUUCAAUGCCAGGAGAGGUGGUUUAUAUUGAAACCGCAUACUUUAGCAAUAAUCUUAAUUUGUUAUCGCUAGAUGCAACAGGAGAACUCGAUGUUUGGACAAUACCUGACUUAAAAGAUUAUUACUAUGAUAGAGAUAAUUUGCCUCAGAUUAAUCCUGAUCCAUGGCAGAAUUUUCAGCUGAAGGAAGAAAUGCCGUCAUUGAUGAAAUCUUCAAGUGACGCUGGACUUUUAGCAGUUGUGUACGAGUAUUACGUGUGGUUCAUUCAUUAUUCUUGGUUUGAUUUGCCUUUUCCACAUGAAGCAAUUUUAGAUGUGAACAGCAAAAUUAUUGACGCCAAGCUCGACUGCGAAUUUUUUUAUGUGUUAUUGGAUAAUGGGGAAGUUUAUAAAUAUGAUGUUGAUGAAAUUUUAAACACUAUUGAAGUCACAAAAAUAAAUACUAAGUUUUCUGGUCAACCUCUAACCAAAAAGACUUAUCAAUUUGAGUUAGACCAUAUUUCUAUAGACGCUAAAAUCCCGGUAACCCUCACAAAAUUUUUCAAGGAUGAUAUCAUAUCUGUUCAUAACUCGAAAAUUUUUAUUACCAACGUGCUGGAUGAAGAAAAAUAUACUUUGCAAAAUAUUUCUGAAUUUUCAACGAAAAAGCACGAUAUUUAUUGCUAUGCAGAUUACAGCUUUGAAACAUAUUUAAAGCCUGGAGAAGAAAUUACUGUUUCAGCCUUAGUAGCUUAUGAGUAUCUCCCAUUUUAUAUCAUUGGCACUACUUUGGGAAGAAUAUUAGUAACACCAACCACAUUGGGCCAUUCAAUUUUCAUAUAUAGCUAUCACAAAUCACCUAUUACUUGUGUCUAUUUAAACAGAGAAAAAUUCAUCAGUUGUAGCUCAGAUAACGUUCUUUGCUUAUGAAACUUUCGAGCAUAUGUGAAAGCAAUUGACCGAAAUACAGUAAUAACUGAGCCUUUGCAGACCUUAAAUGUCUGAUGCAGCCCAGUCAAGACCUUAAUCCCAGUUUCCUGCUUAAAAGAAACUAUGGCUGCUGGAAAUGAAGAAGGUCUUAAGUUCAGCAAAGAAAGGUGGGAGCAAACUUUAUUAGCUCAGUGCGAAGAUGGGUCAAUUUUACUUAUCACUUUAGCCAACAAAGCAUCUUUAUGCUAUUUCCAAGCUCUCAGCUCCAGAAUAAAAGAAGCAGAAGUUCACGUAGGCUUAGAAUACCUCCUGGUUAAAUGCGAUGAUGGCUACAUCUAUCUUUUCAACAUGAUCAUGCAGGCUUUAGAAAGAAUCAUCUCAAAAGACGAAGCCCAUAAAAUUUUCAGGAAAUCCAAAAGACAAGCAACCUUGCACAUUUCAUACGAGAGCACUGAUUUAGGUCUUUCGCAAUACCAUCAAAUUAUCCACUACAAUUUAAGGCAAAAUUAUGUCUCUAAAUAUUCUGAUCCUUUCGUAAUUAGAAAUAUAUGGAUUGGAGGAAGGGAGUACCAAGUUUUGUUUUUGAAUAUAGAAAGCAUCGAAAAAAGAGUUGAAAAAAAAUUAAUUGCGCUGCCUUAUAUGGAAUAUGUGAUGGGGUUGCUAGGGUAUUGAAAUGAAGAGUUUGCAACACAGAUAAAAAUUGUGGAAAACUUGAAAUCUUUGAUGAAACUCAGUGAGCCCAGAGUCUGCGCAGGAAUUGGGGCGAUUGGGCUGAAUCAUGCUUUAUCGUUUACAUUGCCGAAAGAGAAGAGCAAUUAUGAAAUCUCUGGCUACCUUUCAGCUCAAUUAAUGACUGCGAAUUUGUCUUUACUGGUAGCUUUAAGCUCUAUAGAGGUAAACUUGAAAGCUGCAAUUAAGAAAAUUGCCGAGUCAUACAUGAGAAAUUAUAAGUUCAAAUUCCCAGAUCUAACGUUCUUUAUACUGCAUUCUUUAUCAGACAAUAGGCCGUCCAAGCAUUUGCAAGAUUUUUUCAUGAAAAUUUUGGACCCUGACACUAAGAAAAGCUGUUUUGAAGUUCUUUUAUCAGUUUUUCUGUCAAAACCUGUGAAAUGUAGGUCUCCUUCGAAGAAGCUAAGCUCUGUUCCUAAUAUAAAUUGCUUUAUGCCUCAAAAAGAGCAGAGAACAUAUAUUCCAUUUGUGGAAAGCUUAAUAGUCACAUAUUUAGGAUAUAUCUCUAUAAAUUCAGAUCAUAUUAAUUCAGAGACAACAGAUAAAUUGGUGACUGUCUAUAGAUGCAUGCUAAAAACUGGGAUGCAAGGGAAUAUAACAAUAGCUGCUGAGCUCUUAGGUAAAGGGAUGCAGCAAUGAAAGCAUUACGCUGUAUUAUAUUAAUUAUAGUUAGGAGUCUUUCUCCUAUUGCAUCUCAAUCGAGUAGUCUCCGUAGAAGACUCGUUCAGCUGCCAGCGAAACCUACCUGAGUAUGUCAGCAUUUCCACCAGAGAUAGCUCUCCUUCAGCUUUCGGUCUUGUUUCUAAAUGCUGCCUUUGGAUUCCUUCAAACGACGCAUAUUUCAUAACGAUUAUUUUCUCAGAACAUUGGGAUAAUUAAAAUAUGGUUGUACAGCAAGAUCCCCAAACCAGAAACAGAUUCGUGAGAGGACGGGCUGAUGAUGUCGCUAUUUAUUUGUGUAUUGCAAUGAAAGCAAGAUCUUGUAGAAAAUAAACUUGAAGAUAUUAUAAAUGAAUUGCUAACUCAUAGCUGCAGUCCUGAUCCUCUUAUAAAGAAAACCCUUUAUAAAGCAAUCCUGAGACUUGCUUCUUGCGAAAUUCAAGUAUUUCUAGACUGCAUUUAUAAUGGCACCAAAAAAUCUUCAGACAAAAUUUAUUCAGCCAACUGCUUAUCAGCCCUGUCUACAUUUAUUGAAAAAAGAUAUGAUGAAAUCUCAAUGGUUCUUCCAAACGUCAUGAAUGUGCUACUAGCAUGUUUAGACCCCUCAACCUCCGGUAUAAGGAAAAAUUGCAUCGAAAAAGCUGUUGAUUGCUUGCAAAAGCUCGUGAUUUCUUUGCCAAUGGUAGCUUACAACCAAGAAAAACAAAAAUUUGCCAUUGGAACUGUUGAGAGCAGCAUUAUGAUUUAUGAUCUUAAAACAGCUACCAAGACUAAAGAGCUGUUUGGCCAUGAUUCAUCAAUAUCUGCUUUGGAAUUCAACCCAAGUGGAAGCACACUGGCUUCUUAUAGCUAUCAAGAUUUUUCAAUAAGGAUAUGAAAAUUAGAUGGAGGAUUUUUAGGCUUUAUGGGAGGAGAAAUAAGAGCAAAUCGUAUUAUAAUACUCCCAGAAAUCGACCCUGUUGUAGUCACAUAUCGGGAAUUUCUGGAUACGAUUACGCUAAGCUGGACUGAAGAUGGAAAAAAUGUGCAUUUGAUGAGAGAAAAUGCAAAGCAUUACACAUUCUCUUUAAAUUAA